CUGACCACCACCAUCACAUCGCCGCCUCUCUUCUUCGUCCUCAUCUUCGUCGUCGUAUUAUCUGCCGUCUCUGUCUAGUCAGCUACCAAAAUACCUCAGACACCAUGGGUAAUGAUGGAGGAAGUAUCCCCGACCGUCGCGAUCUCGUUCGUUCGAAGCCCAAAGCCGAACAAGCAGACAAGGCGAACCAGACCCGUGCGCGCUGGUUCUCGUGUGCUUUAUCCAAGCGCCCAUUAAGGGAGCCGAUAGUCAGUUGUGCGCUGGGCAAGCUGUAUAAUAAAGAUGCGCUGCUGGAGUUUCUGCUGGAUCGGGGCGCGUAUGGGGAUGGGGAGGAGAUAUGUGGGCAUAUACGUUCGUUGAAGGACGUCAAAACCCUAAAUCUAACCCCGAACACCACCCCCUCCUCUUCCACCUCCACCUCCACCUCUAACUCUAUUAAUGAAGACGCCCCCACCCGUGCACUCUUCGUCUGUCCGCUCACACUCAAAGAAAUGACAGGCGCCGUCCCCUUCGUCUACAUCUCCACCUGCGGCUGCGUCUUCUCCCAAGCCGGCCUCAAGACUCUCACCUCCGCAUCCGCAUCAUCAUCCUCACCUCCUUCCUUGUCAUUAGAGUCGGAGGGAAAGGAGAAGGAUGUAGGCGAAAAGGAGAAGGAGAGGCAAUUGGACGUAUGUCCGCAAUGUGCGACGAAGUUCGAUAAGACCGAAGACGUGCGGACUAUCAAUCCCUCGAGUGCGGACGAAGAGAAGAUGCGUGUGGCGAUGCAGGCGAGGAGGCUCGUCGAGGCUGCUACGAAGUCUGCGAAAUCAAAAUCGAAGAAGCGCAAAGCUGCUGCCACCUCCUCCAGUGACUCCCCGGAUGCCAAUGUCAAUGCUACGUCGCUCGAGCCACCAAAGAAGAAGACAGCGAAGGAAGACAGGGAAAGGGACAGGGAAAGGGACAGAGAGAGCAGAGCGACGGCAAAUUUAGCUUCGAUAAAUGGGGUGGGGAGUACGAGCCGAGCGGUGGCGAGUAGUUUGGCGAUGGAGGAGGCGAAGCGUAAGGCGGGGAUGAGUGAGGCUGUGAAGAGUCUUUAUGGGCCGAAGGAUGGGGUGAAGAGGAAGGAGACGUUCAUGACGAUGGGGACGUUUACGAGGUAUGCUUGAGCGGUCCGUUGGUUCUAGGAGUGGUUCGUUGGUCUCGUCUGGAGUUUCUGUUCAUGGUCAUGGUGUAUUUUUGUAAUCUUUCCUAUUCUCGCUCGUUGCUGUAAUACACUCAUUUUUCGCGGACUUCUCUCAAGAAUCACUCCGGCCGGACUCGUAAAUCCUCACUCUGCAACGCGUUCGC